AUGGCGGCCAUUUUAUCAAGCCCAUCUACAAUUCCAACAACUUUUUCUCACGUGAAGUCCCAUUUCAGACUCCAAUCUCCAAGAACCCAUUUUGCCUCGCUCCCAAACGGACGAAGCCCUAUAAAUUCAAAAUCUUUUCACUCGCUCCACACACACUCUCAUCUACAUCGUCCCCAAAUCUCUGUAACAAGAGCCACAUCCGAUGAACUUUUUGAGAAUGUUGAAAAGGUUGAGUCUUUAUCGGGCCCAGAUGAAAAGCCCGUGAAAUUCCUAUUCUGGGUUUUGCUGUGGGCGUCGGUGUCCAUUGGUCUGUAUGCGUUUUCGAAGGACGCGAAAGCCGCGGCCCUUGCAGCUGCUGACUCUAUUCGGACUUCGGGUUUUGGGCUUAGGGUUGCUAAUGCUUUGCGGGCUUCGGGCUGGCCCGAUGAGGCCGUUGUGUUUGCCUUGGCUACGCUUCCUGUGAUUGAGCUGCGUGGGGCUAUUCCUGUAGGUUAUUGGCUGCAGUUGAAGCCCGUGAAGUUGACGAUUUUGUCGAUCCUUGGGAAUAUGGUCCCGGUGCCCUUUAUCAUGCUAUACCUGAAGAAAUUCUCGAUUUUCAUCACUGGAAAAAGUAAGAUCGCCUCCCGUUUUUUGGAUAUUCUGUUCAACAGCGCGAAAGAGAAAGCAGGGCCCGUUGAGGAGUUUCAAUGGCUUGGCCUGAUGCUAUUCGUGGCAGUCCCUUUUCCCGGGACAGGGGCUUGGACUGGGGCCAUUAUUGCCUCCAUAUUGGAUAUGCCAUUCUGGGCCGGUUUUUGGGCUAAUUUUGUUGGGGUCGUUUUAGCUGGGCUUCUGGUAAACUUGCUCGUUAACCUUGGGCUCAAAUACGCUGUUUUAGUUGGCGUGAUUUUGUUUAUCAUAUCCACGUUCAUGUGGAGUGUCGUUCGAGAUAUGGAUCAAAUCAGGCCUCCUAUUCCGGGGCUGGGCUGGGCCGGGUUUGGGCCUGGCCCGAGCUGCCCACUAUCCUAA